UUUAUUGAUACAGAAACGAUACUUCAAAGACAGUCUUGUGCAGUAUUGUAGUGCUACCCGUUAGGGUUUUUAGAUCAACAUUUUAUUGUUGGGGAAACAAACGUCAGUGUGACUGGACCAGUGAUGUGCAUUUUAGAGGUGAGAUCAACGUUUGUGCCGCGUUGCAUGUUGGUAAAAGAAGUGUGUGAAGAGUUCGGCAAAGUAAACUCGAGAGAAGUGUGUUACAGUUAGUGAAAACCCACCACCACUGAUUAAUAUAGCUGCAGUUUCGUACUUCCAACACCAGGGGGCUCGGUACCUGUGAGUACAGGGCGUUGUCCUGGCAACCUGACUGUCAGGGCAACUGGUGACGCUGUAUAGACUGAAUUAAACUGGAAAACCGGGCGGAAAGCGACCGAACGAUAUUAUAGCGUCUGAACUUGUAAUUUAGUUACACUAGCAUACAUAUAUACUUUUGAACAGCAAGACGGUUUCUAAAACAGUAUCAACAGCGCCAGCCAUGCAUGUCUUUAAGCUAGUGGAGACAUUUGUUAUUCUUUUUACGAAGGGCUGCAGCCAAGAACGACUCGGAAGUUCCACGGCAGACUAUUACGAACUCUAACGCAAGUCAGACCAUCAAAAACCGGCUAUCCAUGUAUUUAACAAGACCAAAGUCCUCCAAAGGACGAAGCAGACCUGCUGUCGACAACUGUCUCUAUGAGGGUGACACAGAGAGCGUCCAGAGGCCGCCUGUGUCUCCAGAGUCUCCCGUGUACAGCGGGUCGGACAGACAUUUCCGCUCCCAGUCCCAGCCCAUCGUGUGGCAGGCCAGCCAACUGAGCCAGGACCAAGUUCUGCACAUGCCGCAUCACGCUCCUGCUGCCCCGCCACAGCCCUUAAACAAAUACAAGGUCCUUCCGUCCAUAGGGAAGAGGCGGUCAGAAGUGAGGCCUGGUAAAAGCCUGGAUAAAAACCUGUCCAAGCUCCACUUGUCUGAUGACUCUGUUCUGCAGCAAAGCCAGAGGCAUGAGGAGCCAGAUCCCCAGACCAGCAGCUCUGAGGGGGGCAAGAAGGCAGAAAGGCACCUCGGGGCCUGUCCAGAGCCACUAGACCCAGGGCCAAUAGUGACCAAAGAAGCCAGUGGCAGUUUGCUCCUAGCUAUCCGAGCACCUUGUGGGAAGAGGUUUCAACAGCACUUUGAGCCCACAGACACUCUGCUGAUGGUCAGGACCAGUGCAGAGGGCAGGUAUGGAGCCAAGUAUGGAGAGGUUUCCAUUGAGACUAUGGAUGUACCACGCAGGAGCUUCACAGACCUGGAUUUGACCUUGGCCCAGUGUGGCAUCUUGAACAAAUCAGUGCUGUGCAUCUCUCAGAAUGACGGUGUGAUGGAACAGGAGAGGGUUUAAAUCAUUUUAAAGUUCUGUUUUGCAGUCCACAUUUGGCUCUGGUGGCAUUUAAAGUCCCCCCUUCUAGUUGUUUGAUUUUUUUUUACCAGUGCCCAGAACGAUAUAUAUUCUGGGACUUCAGAGGGUUGCAUUAGUGGAUGUCUAUAUGAUUUUAUGAGAAGACUUUUGUGGACAAAACCAUAUCAAACUUAGCUUAUUAUCCAAAGUUGAGUGCUUUUGUUCUAAAGCAUGUUUGGGGGUGAUUUUUAAGUAUACACAUGCUUUUUAAAACUUUUUUUUUUUUUUACCUUUUAGUACAAUUCAUUGCAGUUGAUCUCAGCAGCCUGCUUUGCUGACCUGUUUCAGACUGCUCCAGAUAGUCUAUAUAACCACAGCUAGCCUAUGAGGACAUUUAAAAUACAUGUAUGUUCUCUUUCUACACUGUUAAUCACAACGGCAGGAAAAGAGCAAAUUAAGGACUCAUACGAGAGAUCAGCUUUCAGUUUUUGAUUUAAGAAAAGAGUCUGGUGUAAUAUAUAUGUAUUUUAAAGAGAUUCUUGUCAUUUCAAUAGGCCUGCUGAAUAACAGCAUCAAACAGCGUUUCCUUAGGUUUGUUUCAAUUUUCCAAUCCUUCCCCUUUAUCGUGAUGUCUAAUAAUCAUUAGGAUGCAGAGGCACUAGGUUAAUUUGAGAAAUGAUUACACUUGACUUCUAAACUACAGCUACUAACCUGAUUUUAAAUACAGUAUAUAGUUCUAUUCAAUCUGGACAUUGAUGUUUAACUUUACAAACUUGCACCAGUUGAGUCAUUCUAGUUAAGAAACAUUGUAAACUAUCUACAUUUAACUUAAGGAAAACCUUUAACACGUUUUGACAAGUCACAAUAAAAAAAAAGCACUGAUAUAAAUAACAUUUCAUUCCAGGCUGAAGUCAUCUUUAAUGUCUUAGACCCACUGAUUUUUCCCUCCAUGCUGAGUCAAAAUGACAUGAGACAGGCUAAUUCCAAACAACCCUCGCUCUCCUGAGCCAACGGUUUUUCACACUGAGUCGAGUCAGUAAAUGAUUUCUGGAUGUAUAAGAGCUGUGUUCAUGAUGAAGACUGAAAGUAAAACUAUAAUUUGCUGGUCAAGUCUUUCAAUUGGAAGUCAAGACUCAGCUGUUCACUGGAAUUCCCUGAUUUCAAAGAAGUGCACAGACAAGUAGGUUAUGUAUUCUAUGUUCAGGAAAUAUGUUUUUGUUUAUAGGCUCUGAGGAA